AUGUCCACCACAGUAGCCAAUCAUCGUCAAAUUGUACACCGACCUUUCCGCAAUGUCAUUCAAAGUUAUUCAGGUCAAAUUGGGAACAGUGGACCGACAAUAAACAAGUCCAGCUCACACAACUCCUCUGAUCGCUCCCCCAACAGAAUGCUGGCAGCAUCAACAGCCACCGCAACGGUUGUCCACCGAGAAGAGGCUCUUCUCGCAAUUUACGUUCAUCCGACAGAUGCAGGAGGUGUCGGUCACUACAAACCGUUUCUACUGCCUCCACGCGGCCCAGGUGAGAGUUCCCAAUGCUCCCUCGAAAAGGGCCUUGGAUACGGUGCUUUCGGUGUUGUCUGGUCGGUUAUUGACCCUCGGGAUGGACGCAGAGUGGCGUUGAAGCGUAUUCCCAGAGUCUUCCACAAUCCCAUCACUGCAAAGCGAGUAUACCGCGAAUUAAAAAUGCUUUCUAUGCUCCACCACGAUAAUAUAGUCUCUUUGAUUGAUGUGGUGAAAUCGGACAACUACUCUACAUUUGAUGAAGUAUAUCUUCUUUUCGAGUUGAUGCAAACUGAUCUUCACAAAAUCAUCGUCUCUCCUCAGCCACUAUCUUCGGAUCAUGUAAAGAUAUUCCUAUAUCAAAUCCUGCGCGGUCUGAGAUACCUCCACUCUGCUGGUAUUGUUCAUCGCGAUAUCAAACCCGGAAAUAUGUUGGUCAAUUCAAACUGUCUCCUAAAAAUUUGCGAUUUCGGCCUGGCUCGUAUGGACGAUCCAAAGAAUCAGGCUCAAUUGACCACUGAGGUAGUGACACAGUACUACCGUUCACCGGAGCUCCUCAUGGAGACAUCACGAUACUCCUAUGCUGUGGAUGUAUGGAGCGUUGGAUGCACAUUCGCCGAACUCCUCAGCCGAAGAAUUCUCUUCCCGGCUCAAGGGCCACUGGAACAGCUGGAACUCAUCGUAAAUUUGACCGGCACACCAACGAUAGAAGACCUGGAGAAUUGCCACCCAGAAGCAUGCUGUUUCGUUCUCUCCUUCCGUCCACGUCGUCCCAAUCUCGCGUUCUUCUACUCUCUCUCACCAGAUAUGACUGGAGCAGCUGUGGAUCUUAUUUCUAGCAUGCUUCGUUUUAACCCGACUGUCCUAUAG